AUGGCGCUUCUUCCCCUUCUCAGUGAACUACACCUAUUGUAUCGCUUUAUUAUUGGUGUUGUCGGUGUUUUGGGUAUUCGCUGGAUCGUGUCUCGAAAGCAGCCCAACACAGGGGUUGCUAGACCUUCUCCCAAGGAGUUUACCAAGGAGUCUAAUAUUCCAGUGUCUGUCAACUAUUUUCCUUCUCGAAAAUGCAACUACACCUGCGGGUUCUGCUUCCAUACCGAUACCUCAUCCUACGUCCUCCCGAUUGAUGAAGCAAAGCGCGGCUUGAAACUGUUGAGGGAAGCUGGUAUGCGAAAGCUCAAUAUUGCUGGUGGCGAACCAUUCCUCUACCCUCGUCUCUUGACCGAAUUGCUCCAGUUUGGCAAGGAGGAACUUGGCCUCGAAAGUAUCAGCAUCGUGAGCAACGGCAGCAAAAUUACAGAGAAAUGGAUGCGUGAGAAUUGCCAAUGGCUAGACAUUCUUGCUAUCUCAUGUGAUUCGUUCAAUCCUGAGACGAACAAGAAGAUUGGACGGGGCGACGAUGGAGGGAAUGUGAUCCGGCUUUUCCGCAUUGCGGAAUGGUGCAGGGAAUACGGCAUCAAGUUCAAGUUAAACACGGUUGUCAACAUCCACAAUUGGAAUGAGGACAUGUCACCUGAGAUCGAUGAACUCGCGCCCUUCCGAUGGAAAGUGUUCCAGUGUCUGCUGGUCGCCGGCGAGAAUGAAGACGCGACCCGACUACGAGAUGCGAGAGCGUUUCUCGUGACCGACGAGCAAUGGAAGACAUUCUGCGACCGGCAUAAACAUCUUCCGUGCUACGUUCCCGAAGAUACAAAUGCCAUGGCGAGCAGCUACUUACUCCUGGAUGAAUACAUGUGCUUUUUGGACAAGGGCGAGGGCAUGAUGACAAAGAGCGAAUCGAUCUUGAAGGUCGGCGUUGAGAAGGCAAUGAGUCAGGUUGUCUGGGACAAGGGUUCUUUUCUUGAUCGCGGUGGUAUUUAUGACUGGGGAAGAUCCGAUAUGGCGAAGGAAAUUGGUUGCAGCGGCGGUAGUAAUGAGAAGCUGCAGUGGUGA